UGUGUGUGUGCUGCUGUGUGCUGGCAGCUAAGGGCUGUGACCACAAAAGAUCACAGAAAAGGUUCACAGAAAAGAACCUUUUCCUAGGAGCCAUCCUGACCUCCCCUGACAUAGCUCCAUGCAAUUCCCUUGGUUUUCUUUCCAUGGUUGCCACAACACCAGGGGUUUUGGCUGUUCGCAGGAGAGACCCAUCCCCUGCUCCUGGUCCUGGAGACAAGGCACAUCUGCUGGAGGGGUGGCUUUCCAGCCAGGAGAGGACCACAGCCUUCCUCCUCCAUCAGGCCUUCCGAAUCAAGAAUGACAUUAUCUCCUACCUCCAGGAAACCACAGGCUUUCAGCACAGAGAGACUGCUGCUCGAGAACUACUGCAGAACCAUAUACAGACCAUAAUAGGCAUAGUUGAAAAGCUCAGCCAGGACAUUCAGGUUUUGGAGAGACAAAUGAGAACAAGAGAUGGUUGCACAGUGCAAACCAAUUUUGCUAUUCAAAGUCUGGACCAUAAAUAUAUCCAGAGUCUUGGAGACCUGCGUGGAAGAGUGGUGAGAUGUGAGGCAAGUAUUGCACAGCUAUCAGGAGACAUCCGUGUUAUCAGGCAUGAGGUCCAGAACAUCAAUAAGGAGAUCUACAGCCUUCGCUCUAUCCUCAAAAAUCAUACUGGCAGUUUUGAGAAGAUGGCAAUGCAGCUAUUAGGCAAGAUAGAGACUUCCAACUCUGAUCAAAGCUCAAAUUUAAAGACAGUCCAGGGAGAUCAACAUCACGAAUUGCAACUUCUGGAUUUCAAGUUGACAAGCAUUCUAAAUGACUUCAAAGAUCAGAUUCAGAAUCAGCGGAAGUGGACGGAGGCGCAGCUGACACAAUCUGAAGAUCGAGCCCAGUACCAGCACCAGCAGCUCAGUGCAAUGAAGGAAAGGCUGGAAGCAGCAGAAAAGAAAAUAGAAGAGAAGCUUCUACUUCUGUCACUACAGCUAGAGCAAUCAGGUAACCCAGAGAAAUACAAAAGGCAGUUGAACCAAAUGAAGAGUGAUGAAAAAAAUCUGCAUGCAAGAAUCACCAGGUUUGAAAGACAGAUUUGGAAGGAGCUUGAGGAAAUCCAGAAUGAAUACAGAUCAGGAUUUCAAUCCAUUCACGAGUCUCUGGAGCUGCUCAAACAAAUACAGAACACAAAGCUGAAACUUGAAAAGAAGAAAACUGAGAAAUACACAUACAAAGCAAGAGACUUUCCAUGAGACUGAACUGCAAAAGCAAACCCUUAUAAACACGCUCAGAUGCUCUCUCCAAUAAAAGU